AUGUAUUCGACUCAUCAAAAGCUGAUGAAGACCUAUAUAUUGGCAGCUAUCAUUGGGCUGACUUUUGCCAUACCGGUACCAAACGGGCAGUUGGGUAAAGCUGAGGUGGAAUGUGGUGAGAAGACAAUUGAAGUCAUAUUUUUAACGGAAGCUGUCUUCGAAGGGCGAAUAUUUGUGAUUGGACAUGCAAAUGACUCACGAUGUUUUUCUCGAGAAACUGGCCAACGAACCACUUCAAUUUCCAUUAAUAAAGAUGACUGCGGUGUUGUCACAACACGAUCGUCAAACCCUCCAGGAUUAUUUUCAAACGUGAAAGUAAUGAUAUCGUUCCACAACGAAUUCAUCACCAAGGUAGACCGGGCUUAUGAAAUUAGCUGCUUUUAUAUGCAAGCGGAUAAGACCGUUACCUACCCGAUUUCGGUAGCUACCCAGGAAAUUGCUGCAUUCACAGAAAUUGCUGAAAUGCCCCGUUGCCGAUAUGAAGUUAUUGAUCCAGACACCAGGGAUACGGUAGAUGUGGUUACGGUAGGAAGUAAAUUGCUUCACAGAUGGGUUUGUGAAAGUACUGCACCUGAUCUUUGGUGCAUGACAGUGCAUUCGUGUCGCGUCGAAGACGAAUCAGGAACGACAUUCUCAAUUUUGGAUGACAGAGGAUGUUCUAUCGAUCGAUACCUUCUUGAUAACCUCGAAUAUGGACCGGGACCAUUGCAAGCACAAAAAGAGGCGCACGCAUUCAAGUUUGCUGAUAAGGUAGUCGUGAAUUUUCAAUGUAGCGUGCGGAUUGACAUCAAAGACGGGGAUUGCCCAAUUCCAACUUGCGAAGAUCCAGUCAGACUUGAACGGCGACUUCGACCACGAUCCGCUGGAUACAUUCAGGAGUUCCCACUACUCAUGAAUGGAUCAGUAGAGGUGGACGUAAGAGCCCAACAAAUUGAUGUGCUUGACCCUCAGCUUGACUUUGGCUUGGACGCUGACGAACAGCACAUCAAUGCAGUGCUAAGGCGGCUUCGUAAACAAGAUUGCAUACAAAAACAACAUCUUGUCAUUCCGGCAGCGAUAGCCGUCUCAUUAAUCAUUGCGCUAAUUGGUGUAAUCUUUGUGCUAUUGCGGAGACCAUACAUCGUAUAUAAGUAA